ACAAUAACCUAAAACACAAAUCCAAAUCUACACUGGAGUUGCUUACCAAGAAGACAGUGAAUGGCUGAGUUACAGUUUUGACUUAAAUCUAUUUGAAAAUCUAUGGCAAGACCUGAAAAUGGUUGCCUAGCAAUUGAUUAAGAACCAAUUUGACAAAGCAUGAAAACAUUUGAAAAUAAUAUUUUUGUAUUUCAUUUUCAAACAUUUCUAAAAAAAGAUGUUUUCACUUUGUUAUUAUGGGGCAUUGCAUGUACACAAUGCAUUUAAGCCAUUUAGAAUUCAAGCUGUAACACAACAAAAUGUGUAAUAAGUAGAGGUAUGAAUACUUUCUGAAGGCCAUGUAAGUGGAUUAUGUUGUCAUUUCAUAAGGAAGAUAGGUCCUGGGUCAUCUGGGUCAAGAUAAAGAAGUGCAGCUUCAGCAUAGAGCUGUUGUGAUCCAAAUGGAUGGAUUCCAUUUCUCUGACUCCAAUGAGAAGGAUUGCCACUGAUGGGGGAUAGGUGGAUGAGGAUGAAGAGAAAGAAGGGUGGAUAGAGGGGAACAAAGAAGACAUAGAACCUCCUAACUUUCUUGAAUAACCGUAUCUUCUCUCCCAUGAUCCAUCUGGUCAUAGUGUGGGCAUGCUGUUACACAUAGGCAUUUUAACUAUUUCUGAUAAAAAAUAUAACUAUAUUCACUUCAUAAACAAGAUGUAAAAUCAAAAUGUACUUGUAUGCUUUCUUACAUAUUUUUUAUAUUCAGUUUUCAGUUUAGCUUCCACAUAAUAGGCUGCAGUCAGCAUAUGAACCCAUCAGCCUGGCUCUUGUGAACUUGCUUGUGAAGAUCGCCAUCUAGUGGGACACAUCUUUUACCACAGGCUGUGACAAUCAGGCCUAUGUUCAACUUUUUCAACUCUUUCUCUGCUGCACAGUACACUCCUACGUGUGAAUAUAAUGCAAAAAACGAAGUCCAUUUUCCAAUUGAACCGCAAUGCAUUGGUCUCAUAUAGAGGGUAGAAAAAUUGCUAUAUCUGAAAACAGGAAAACAUUUCCUCUCACAUCUCAUCUUCUGGGUCGUUCCAUGUUAUUUCAGCAAGCCAUGACACAAACCAUCUCAGAUUGUUCCGAAAUAGUUUCUGUAGUAAAAAAACAGAUUAGAUAAGCAUUCCAGCAACAAUAUUUUGUUGAAAUAUAAUUUGAUCUCUGAGAAAUUAAACUAAUUGAUUGCAUCCAAAUUGGCCAUUUAAAUGUAUAGGAUUCAUAUAAUAUUUAAUAAAUAUAGUACCUAACAUCCAAAACUUUUUUCUAACAAUGAGUAAAACACGAGGAAUCCAAAGAAAUGGUCAAAAGUCACCCACAGACUCCCCACACCCCACGACAAUCCAGAGAAGGCUGGUGGAAGGAGCCAUAGGAGGACGGACUCAUUGUAAUGGCCGGGAUGGAAUCAAUGGAACGGAGUCCAACCGGUUGUUUCCAUGUGUUUGGUACCAUUCCAUUCCAGCCAUUAUAAUGAGCCCUACCUUCUAUAUCUCCUCCCACCAGCCUCCUCUGCGCCAAUCUCACCUCCAACAACUCUACGCAGCCUCAAUGUUAAUAAAGGGACAAACUGACGUAUUGGUUUCCUUACCCUGUAAGCAGUUUAUGGACAAGGUAUGACAGCAACCGAUGCUUUGGUUUUGUUUACCGAGCCACUGUUUCUUUUUAGCAUUUGUGGCACAUAUCCAAUGCAAGUCAACGGUACCUAUAUUAGCAUUUUUACACUUCAUAUCCAAAUCAUCUGUAACUAAUAACAGGAACCACAUUUCCAUCCAUAAUUUUUAGGCCAGUAAAGUCCUAAAUAUAAAAAUAAAAAAAACAUGACAGCUGUGAUGGAAACAGGAAGUUUCGUUACAAUUGUAUAAAUGCAGACAGAUCAUUAAUUCGUUCGACAUGGUGGGAUCUUUUUGUGUAUGAAAAAUUAAUUAUGCAAGAAAAGGUGGUGCAAAUUACAAAUAUCCAUCAUAUCGAAGUAAACUUAGAGUCACAAAGUGAUAAGGUGUGUGGUCCUCCCUAGGGUUGUGGUGGUCAUGACAUUUUGUCAGCUGUGAUUGUCAAGCGAAUAACUGCCGGUCUCACAGUAAUUGACCGUUAAUUAACAUAAACACAUUUAGCAUCUCCUGGCUUCCACACACAGCCUACAAGCCACUGAUGCAGACUUUUGGAACAUCUACAUUUUAAAAAGUCUAAUAAAUCCAUGUAAUACAGCCAACACCAUCACAAUAAAUCCAUUAUUAAUUUUAGACAGGUCUAAAGAAGUCUAUUUCAGAAUAACAGAAUAGCAUUCUCUUGAGUUGUCCUUGUGUUAGGCCCUGAUAUGGCUAUGCCAUAUGGCUAGUUAAUUUAGCAGACAAGAUUUUCUUAGAAUUCCAUUACAUUAUUUUAUAGUAUGAGGAAACCAAUUGAAUAAAAUAGAAAAUAUAUUUUCUCCAAAGAUUUAAGGGAGUGCGCACAUGUGGCUAUUCUGUGUUGAACAGUCAACAAAGCGGUAUUAUGGUCACCAUAACAGCCCUAGGACUCUUCCCACUAAGACUCGGGAAAGCAUGCAGUUUAUUAGGCUACAGAUUAAAUAAAUGAUCAUGAACUUCACAGGGUGGUGAAAGUGCACAGUACAGUGAUGACUUUGAUGCUCUUUUCCAAUAAAUAUUGAAGGUCUUAUUCUGGUGACAUGAUGAUCGAUGCUUGACUGCCAUUUGACAAAUAAAAAUAUUCUGUCUCUUAUCCAUAAUAAUCUCAUCAUGUAGACUCACUAGACUAUCUGCACAGCCUACCCGCACUGCAAGUUGUUGGCUAAAGAGCGCAUGUGCCAAGACCAGUUAGGCACAUUUGCUAUUUUUCUCAACAGUUUUGUUGACAAAACUAUUGAUGGAAAAUGCCAUGGAAACACAUUGAAAACGUUUAUUCAGUAUGUGAAAACUUGAGUGAAAAACUACAUUUUGUGUGCAUUAAGUCAUCAUCUACUAAUUGUUUUUUGGUAACAGGUCAGUUUGGUGGAAAUACACCACAGGUGGGAAAAUGUGCAUAUUUUCUUUAUGUGUAUUUUAGAGUAUUCACAUGAAAAUCUGUUGCCAAUUGGAUGGAAACCUAGCUAUUGAGUUACACAAUACAUGUUUUGGUACAUUAGGAUGAUUUGGACAUGAAGUGUGAAAAUGCUAAUAUAGGUACCAUUGACUUGCAUUGGAUUUGUGUCACAAAUGCUAGAAAUGUUAGUGUUUACCUGGUAAGGAAACCAACAUUGAGUGGAUUUUUAAAAAAUCACCUAAUAGCAGGAACAGCACCAUCUAGUGGUCAGAACCUGGUAGUACCAGGAUGUAUAAUUGCACAUAAACCUAACGACUUCAAUUAUUGAUUUCUAUAAAUGGGGGACAUCACCAAAUUCACUGAGAAUGCAUUACAUAGGAUAAAGAAACAAUACUCCGAGCCGCAGCUCCAUACUACUUUUCAGACAUAGAGAACUGAUAAUAUAUACUCGCUGUUGGUGUGGUUUUGGUGUGGGGGUGUCCGUGGGUGGCUUUUGAGAUUCGUCAUGUGUAUUUCAUUGAUAGUAAAAUAUUUGGUGGAAAUCGGAUUUGAAGUACUAUAUUUAUUGAAUAUUAUACGAAUAUUAUACAUUUAAAUUGCCAAUUUGGGUGCAAUCAAUUAGAUGAAUUUCUCAGAGAUCAACUAAAUAAUUUUGCAGGAUUGCUAGUCUAAUCUUUUUCUAUCUACAGAAAUGAUUUAAAUACAAUCUGAGAUGGUGGGUGUCGAAAUACUUUUUCAAGUGGAACGACCCUUGUAUUCUAUGUACUCAAUGUUAAUAUCAUAUGAGGUAAUAAAACGAGUGUAAAUUGCUUCUCCUCUUUUAAGUAAUUUUAUUUUGGAGUGUAAAAUCAAUACAACACACACACACACACACACACACACAGGCAACUGUAUGAUUGUUGUCAGGUACAGUAUGACCAUUAAUAUCUCUAGACACCAUUGUCACAUGCUGUAGCCUUGCUGCCCCAACAUAAAUUUAUCUGCAUUAAGAUUUAGCCUAUUAAACGGCAAUUAUUUUUUACACAAGUGAGUCCAUUUUAUCAAUGAUAGGCUCUUCCCUCAAGAGACAAUAACUUGUUCAACUGCAACACGCUUAGAAAUAACAUUAUGGUAUCAAAACAAUGCAAACUUUGGCAAAACGAUGAAACCGGAAUUUGCAGAAAUAAAAAUUAACCGCUUCCACCCGUUUAAAAGAUACUGCUAUUAUUGGUUUACGCAACUAAAUUCAAGACCACAAUAACCAAUCACAACCCGUAUGAAGAAUAGCAAGGGGCGCGGUUUACAUACGGCCCAUCCAAUCGGUAGAGGCUGUACUGGAGUCCCGUGCUGGACUGGGCCUCGGUCUUGCCUGGUGUCAUGCAACCGACUAUUGAAUAUGUGAUGGCGGCAGAAGACUUGAGAAUUCCCGGGGAGGGAAUUCUUAUAGGGGAUAAGAUAUACUCUGGUGUAACCCUAACUUUAGAUAACUGUCUCCUGCCACUGGAGCGACUACAGCAGAGUCCGUCCGCUGAACAUGGGCUCUCCGCGGAUACCGAGGAGCAGCUGCGAAUGCGGGGCUGUGAGUUGAUACAGGCCGCGGGUAUUCUGCUUAGACUCCCGCAGGUAGCCAUGGCCACGGGGCAGAUCCUUUUCCAGAGGUUCUACUAUUGCAAAUCGUUCGUCAGACACUGUGCAGAGAUGGUUGCCAUGGCUUGUGUGCACCUGGCUUCAAAGAUCGAGGAGGAACCGCGCAGGGUACGAGAUGUUCUCAAUGUGUUCUACCACCUCAAACACAGCAAAGGCAAACGGACCCAGGUCCCCAUGCCUUUGGAUGCCAGCUACAUCAGUGCCAAGGCUCAGGUGAUCAAGACAGAGAGGAGAGUGCUGAAGGAGCUGGGCUUCUGUGUGCAUGUCAAACACCCCCACAAGAUCAUUGUGAUGUACCUCCAGGUGCUGGAGUGUGAGAAGAACACCAAGCUGGUACAGACAGCUUGGAACUACAUGAAUGACAGUCUGAGGACAGAUGUGUUCCUGAGGUUCAGUGCUGAGACCGUGGCCUGUGCCUGUAUCUACCUGUCAGCCAGAACACUUCAGAUCCCUCUGCCGGACCAGCCUCCCUGGUUCCUGCUGUUUGGUGCGUCUGAGGAGGACCUGAGGGAGAUCUGUGGGCGGAUCCUGAGGCUGUACUCACUGCCCAACGUCUCCCUCCCCAGUAUGUUAAAAGAAGUGGACCAGUGUCACCUGGCCCUGGAUGCACGCAUCGCCAAGGCUAAGCUGGCAGGAGGGGGACUGCUGGCUGUGGGCACCCCCACCCUGGACGCCCCCUCCAGCUUCUCCCCUGCCUCCAAAGCAGCGUCGCCUGCUGUACCACAGACCAACAGGGAGUCUCCCCUAAAUCAAGUCGCCCUAAAAAAUGCCUGCCGGAAACUCACUAACGGAGACGAGAAGAAAAGAGGAAGUCGUAGUGAUGAGAGAAGAGAGACUCAGUCCAUGUCUCCUUCCAGAAGAAGACGCAGUCGCAGUGUCUCUUCUCCUUUGCGCUCUGUCUCUCCCACCCACCGCCAUAAAAUCAGUCGCCGGGAUAGAGAAAGGGAAAAGGAGCGGGAGCGUCGGCGGGAGAGGGAGAGGGAGCGGGGAAGAGGAAGGAGAGAUGAAUACUCACGUAGAAGAUAACUCUCAUAGGUGUUAUCAAGGAAGAGCUAUCGUAAAUGACCUAUGGAACAGCACAUGAUGGACCAAAUACAAGCCAGACUUUCCAAUGUUUUCACUUUUGUAGAUUGUUUGUAUUACAUUAUAAUUUGGGAAACUAUGCUCUAAGAUCAUAGUCCAAAGCUUUUGUCUGAACAAUAUUUUUGAAAUAAAAAUGCUUUUAGAUGA